AUGAUGAUGGCCAACCGCGUGCUAUUCAGCAAAGGAGCCGCCACGUUGGCUCGCAGUGGCAUCCUGACAUCCAAAGGUGCCCUGAGUCAAGCUCUCUACUACCACACGUCUCUGCCCCGCCACAAGUCUGCUCAACCAGCUGUGGAUCCCUCGUCGCUCAAGGCAUCCUUUCGCGAGCGUCUCGACAAUGAACGCAGCAAGGCCCUCUUGGGAGGAGGACAAAAACGAAUCGACAAACAACACACCCGUGGAUCGUUGACGGCACGAGAACGCAUCGAAUUGCUCUUUGAUCCCGGAACAUUCCACGAAUUGGAUCAACUCAAGGCACAUCGAUGUGUCGACUUUGGAAUGGAUGGCGAAUCCAAACAAUUUCCAGGAGAUGGAAUUGUCACUGGCCAUGGUCUGGUGAAUGGAAAGGUGGUCUAUGCCUUCAGCCAAGAUUUUACCGUCUUGGGAGGAUCCUUGUCCGAGACUCACGCCGAAAAAAUGGUCAAGGUCAUGGAAAUGGCACAACGAGUAGGAGCUCCCGUCAUUGGAUUGAAUGACAGUGGUGGUGCCCGCAUCCAAGAAGGUGUCAUGUCCUUGGGAGGGUAUGCCGAUGUCUUUCAAGCCAAUGUCGAUGCAUCCGGUGUCAUUCCGCAAAUCUCGGUCAUUAUGGGACCCUGUGCCGGUGGAGCCGUUUACAGUCCCGCCAUGACGGAUUUCAUCUUCAUGGUCGAACAAACCAGUUACAUGUUCGUUACGGGCCCCGAAGUCGUCAAGACUGUCACGGAUGAAGUCAUUACCAAGGAGGAUUUGGGAGGCACCGGUGUCCACACAUCCAAAUCUGGUGUCGCGCACGACAAGUUCCCCAACGAUGUCGCCGCCUUGCGAGCCAUGAGACGAUUGCUGGCAUUCUUGCCCAGUUCCAAUGACAAGACUACACUGCCCUACAAGCCUACCGAUGAUCCCGCCGAUCGUCCCGUUCCGGCCGUGGCACGGUUGGUACCCGAUGAUCCCAAUACCCCCUAUGAUAUGAAGGAUGUCAUUAAGGAAAUUGUCGAUGAUGGAGAGAUUUUUGAAAUUCAACCCGACAUGGCAAAGAACAUUGUCACGGCAUUUGCUCGCAUGGAAGGACACACGGUCGGUGUCAUUGCCAACAAUCCCAUCUCUUUGGCGGGAUGUUUGGAUAUCAGUGCGUCCACCAAAGCCGCACGCUUUGUCCGGUUCUGUGAUGCGUUCAACAUUCCACUCGUGACAUUUGUGGAUGUACCCGGAUUUUUGCCCGGAUCCAAUCAAGAGUUUGGAGGAAUCAUUCGCCACGGAGCCAAGUUGCUCUUUGCCUACUCGGAAGCCAACGUGCCCAAGGUCACCGUCAUUACCCGAAAGGCAUAUGGCGGUGCCUACGAUGUCAUGUCCAGCAAACACUUGCGAGGUGAUGCCAACUAUGCCUGGCCCGGAGCCGAACUGGCCGUCAUGGGAGCCAAGGGAGCCGUAGAAAUUCUCUACGGCGGAAGUGGCGCCGAUAUUGAGGCCAAAUCGGCAGAAUAUGCCGACCAGUUUGCCAACCCCAUGGAGUGUGCUCGACGUGGAUUCAUUGAUGAUGUCAUUGAACCAGAAGACACCCGUAAGAUGCUCUGCAACGAUCUCCGUGUCUUGCGCACCAAGAAGAUGCCCGAUAUCAUCAGGAAGCAUUCCAACAUUCCACUAUAG